AACACUUCAGAGUGUGUGCGUGAGAGACAUGGAAAGCUGGUCUGGAUCACUGCACUGCAUACGAUCGUACAAGAACCAAGAUCAGCACAACGCAGCAGGCAUCACUGACUCGGUGAUGCCCACCUGGAUGUAGUGCUUUCUGGAUGUUCUAAUCUCUCAAAAUCCGUUUUGCCUGGAUCAGGGUUAUGGCCUCAAAUGGGGUGAGCACAGUCUUGCCCCCUGUGAAGAGUGUGGUGGUGUACAGGAAUGGAGAUCCAUUCUUCACAGGGAGGCGGUUUAUUGUCAACCAGAGGCAGGUCUCCACCAUGGACGCCUUCCUAAACGACGUGACUCUCAGUAUAGGCGCGCCGCUGGCCGUUCGGACUCUCUACACGCCUCGUCAUGGUCACCGGGUGUCGGAACUGGACCACCUCCAGCAGGGGGCGGAGUACGUGGCUGCUGGCUUUGAGCGGUUCAAGAAGCUCAACUAUCUGGGUGUGGGGCUGAAGAGACCUCCUGUUACCAGAGCGGGAGAUCCUGCACAGGCUAAAGUGCUCAGUAGGCCCAAUGUGUCUGCGAAAUGGAGGAAGGUUAUAACUCAGCCCUGUAUUAUACAUGUGUUCAGGAAUGGCGAUGUCCUCGGCGCCGCCAUGCGCUUCAUCAUCCCACGCAAAAUGCAGAAAAAUCUGGAACAAAUUCUCAGCCUGGUCUCAGAGAAAGCCAUGCUGCGUACUGGAGCUGUCCGCAGACUGUGCACUCUGGACGGAGUCACAGUGAUGUCAGCGGAGGAGCUGGAGAAUGGGCGACAUUACGUUGCCGUAGGAAUGGAGCGAUUCAAGAAGCUUCCAUAUGUGGAGCUACUUCUGAAUAAAAUGACAGGAGGAAGUGCAGACCGUCACUAUCCUGGAGACCGGGGGAUUCACAGGAGAUAUGAGACCAGGAAGGGGCUUCCUCAGGACAGCCACAGUGACUCCGCCCUCCUCAAUUCCCCUGAGAGGGAUGGACGGCGCGUGAAGUCCACAGGAGACGAGGCGGUGGGUGGGGCCCUGACCCGGGAGGUUGGCAGCGAGAGAGAAGAGAGCUCUGUGUUCCAUGCCAAGCCUGUUCGUGUCCGCAAACACAGAGGCACACGCAGAGCCCCAGCCAGGGCAGCCCAGCCCAGUGUGUUUAAGGGGGCAGGCAGAAGGAGGGAGGAGGUGCGAGGAGCGGAGGAGGUGGCCGACGAUGAGAGCACAGCCGUGGAGCUCCCUGUAGACCAGAGAGUUGCUGAAAUAAUAGAGGAUGAAGAGAUUAAUAAGACAGUUCACGCGCAUCAGACACAAGUGCCUGAAGAACGUAUGGCAUCCAGACGCUCCGGAGAGCGCGAUGCAGAUGAGCUCUCAGUGUCAGACGGAGAGAUGGGAGCACGAGUGGGCUCGUCCCCCACAAGGCAUACCGAAGCCCAAGAGGACUUAUUCACUGAAGAUCUGCAACAGGACAACAGCCAGGAUGAUCAUUAGUCAGCUACUGGGUACCCACCAGGCCACAUGCACUGACAGUGGUCCACAUGAAGCAGAGACGGUGUAGCCCACGUGUCGGAGUGCCUGGGUUGCAGCUGCUGAUGGCCCAACACUCCUCUCUCCUGCUUAAGACAGACAGAACUGGGCAGGGAAUUUGUAGUUCCUUUUAUAUCAACUCCAACACCAGUCACUCCAUCUUUUAGCACCAAGACACCUGUACCAGGUACGCAGUGUUCCUAAUGGCUUGGUCGCGGGUGGAGACUUGCUUAUGUAACUACAAAUGGUGAAUUACAACAUACCCCAAUCAACCAUAUCCUACCUCUGCACCUGUACCUGUCCUUAACAUUAACCAGCCAUACCCUGAACAAUACAUAACUCAGUCCAUGCACUGUCCAGACCUUUGUGGGUCCAUCAUAUUGAGCUUACUUUCCUUGAGGAUGUAUUGUGAUUACAAGUGGACUGAUUAUUUUGCUUUCCCAAGGAUGAGUUAGCAGGUUCUUCACAGUUUACUACAUAUGGGCAACUCUGCAGGACAAAAUAUCGCUAUCUGGUUCAGUGAGCUGGGGACUUUACCUACAAUGCUCAUUUGAAGUCUCAAUUAGGAUCAUGUGUAUUUGAGACAAUGAAUUUGGAAAAUUAACAUAGUUCUGUGUGAGUAUUUAAUACAAUGACUGGAGUUAUGUGAACACACCCAAAGACUGAAUAUAAAAAGAAAAUGAGCUUCUGCAUACUGAUCACAGCAUUUUAAUAAUAUUUCACAAAUAUUGUAUUUGUAUGG